AUGCCUUCAUCUCCCGCCAAUAUCCCGCCAAAGGACCCGAGUCAGGGACAUCCAGAACGCAGCAAUAGCAGCAGUCCAAGCACAUCGCCCGUCACGAUCCUCCUUUCCAUCCUUUCAGUUCUUUCCGCGGUCUUUAUCGCGUAUCUGGUUCAUUCGUCAACUACAACUACAACCACAACCGCUUCUGCAGACCAGGAUACCGCCACCGUGACGCGAUUCUUUCCCUUUUCACGACUGCUUAGCAGGCAGUCUGUUGUUAGACAGGUUUCGAAUUCAGCGGCUCUUCAAGCCAAGUCGAAUCUUGCGAAUCUUCGUGCUGAGGAGACUGGAUUCAAGAUGAGGACGCCGGUUUAUUUUAUCAGUCAUGGAGGGCCAAACGUCAUGUAUGAGCGUGACCAUCCUGCAUACAGCAAAUUGCAGGAAUUGGGCCGUGAGAUCACGACCAAGGUGAAGCCGCGCGCGGUGGUCGUCUUUUCUGCCCAUUGGCAAGCAGGCCCGGACACAAUCCAGGUGAACACGGCUGAGAUCACGGAUUUGAUCUACGAUUUCUAUGGCUUUCCGAGCCACUACUACAAGGAAAAAUUUCCUAAUGUAGGAAGCAAGGAGGUCGCUCAGAAGGUCAUUGAUGCUCUGCAUGAAGCCGGAAUCAAAGCCGAGGGAGUCAAGAGGGGUCUUGAUCACGGUGUCUGGGCGGGGUUUAAGUGCGCUUUCGAUCCCGAGACGAAUCCACUGAAGGUUCCGAUCGUGCAGGUAUCUCUAUUCGGAAAUGAGGACCCGGCCAAGCACUACAAACUAGGACAGGCCUUGUCGAAGCUGCGCGAUGAGAAUAUCCAGAUCAUUGGUUCCGGAAUGGCGGUGCACAAUCUGCGCGAUAUGCACUUCACGUUUGGAGAUCCCAGACCCCUGCCAUACACGGUCAGUUUCGACGAAGCGCUCAAGGACGCGGCCACCGCCCCGCCAGAGAAGAGGGAGCAGGCCAUGGUUGAUCUGCUGAAGAGACCAGACGCAAGACAAGCGCACCCCUUCUUCGAUCAUAUCCUUCCCGUCCACAUCGCGGCUGGUGCAGCUGGCGAGGAUAAGGGUAGGAGACUAUGGACUCUGAAGUCAGGCAGUAUGAGUUGGGCGCAGUUCCGUUUCGGCGAGCCUGCCGUCAAUGGCACCUUGUAA